CAAGUAUGGCCACCACCGCCAUGUCCAGUCCAAUGCACGUCAAGGUCCAUUGGGACGCGGUCGACCAAAGCAGUCUUCUCUACGCGUACUUGGCCGACAUCUUCUACGAUGACGGGACGGGCGAGAUGGACCCCGACGACGUCCGACAGUUUGUGCACGAGCUCGUCGACCACGCCCACCAAGAAGGCGACGCGAUCGCACCGUUCAAAAUCGACGACGUCAUUGCAAGCCUCGAAGACCCAAGAAGCCACCGCGUGCGCUUGCAGUCGCUCGUCCACGUCUUGCAGACUUCGUAAGCACCCUCUUGUAGAUUGUAUUUAUCCUGGU